CUUUAAUACAAAAUGGACUUUAUUGACUUGUACCAAUACAACCACAACUUUUUUAUACACCACUGACACACAUUCUACAUCUGUUUAAUGAAAUCCUUUAAACUACUAUUAGUAAAACUAAGACAAACUUAUUAAGUGCUAAGUAAACACUAAGGGAGACUAUCAUUUAAUUAUCGUACAUGAGAUUCUAAUCUUAAAUUGCCACGUCAAGUCUCAAAUCGGAUCUUUUUUGCCUAAGGGAAUUUGAACGAUGACAAUUCUGUAACUUUGGGCAAAUUCACACUCAGUUUCCACAAAGUUAUAAUACCCAAUUAAAACUUCUGUCCAAUUUCCACAGUACCGUUUGACGGUAUUUUUAUGCGCAUUCAUUCUAGAAUAUUCCUGGCAAGGCCGCCGGCUUCGGGUCACAAGAUGAGCCAGGGACAGACUGGAGACCACCCCCACUCUCCCAGGAAUCAGUUAUCUUCCAGACCUCCAGAUCGCCCUCCAGAGUCUCGCAGUGUGGAGGGCAACGACAGAAAGACUGCUGAGGGGGUUUAAAAUGUUGAGUCAAACAUACGGCCAAAAGUUAGAGUCAACUGGGACCUUGCAAAUCAUUCCGCCUAACCCUUCGUUUUGCGGGAGGGGAAAAUACGCCUCACAAGGAAGAACCUUAGCUCGGGGAACACUAACUCGGGGUCUGACAACGAUUUAAGCUUGUCUCCUCUGAUAGUGGCCAGUAGUCCUUCUCCGUUACCCAUCCUUAAGUGCUUCUAUUGGCUCCCAACACGGAGGAGGUAGCGGGGUGAGAGAACCGGCCCCUCCGCAGUGUGGCCAGGUUGGGCUAAAAAACGUCUUAGAAGUCUCUCUUCUUACAGGUGGAGAAACUGGAAAAAGUAGAGUGACGCAGCGAAGGGAGUAAAUCGACCCUCAGCCAACAAGUGGCAAAAGCCUGAAGAAAGUGAUCAAGAGCACUGAUGACCCCUCUCCCCAUCUCCAAGGGGGCGGGUAUCACAACCCCGACGCCACACCACAUAUCAUUCGGCAAAACUCCCGCGCCUCCCACGCAGAACCGGGAAGAGGGAAGGCGGGGCAACAGUAACAGCUGGUACGCAGCACCCACAGCACCGCGGCAGCAGCUGGUACCGAAAUCCCGCCUAGCUCUUUUGACUCUGUCCGCGGGAAGAAUGGGGUAAUAGUAAGGCUGCGGCGCCUCCCGCGAGAAGAGGUACCUGAGGCUCGCGCCGCAGUCCCCCGCCGCGCCGGCACCGGAGCUCCACACCCCACUUCCGGGGUCAAGUCACCGCGGAGAAUCCUGUGAUCGCAGAAGAGUAGCCUCAGGUUCCGCCCCUAUCCAAGCCCCGCCUCCACUGCCUCUCGCCCUGCAUCAGGCAACUUCCAGGACGCCGUGCGUCACUAAGCAGCCAAUCUCCACUUCCGGACGCAUCCCGCCCCUUCUCCACCCCUUUCAGAGACAGCGCGAUUGCGAUUUAGGUUUCCGCGCAAUUAAUUGGCGAAGCUGGAGCGCUAGUCUUCGCUGAUUGGUGCCGGGAAAUCUGACCCAUAGACACCCGCGGGGCGCACAGUUUCAGUAGUCCGUGGGUUUCCCGCCAGCUGCAGUCUUGGGCCAUAAUCAUGGUGGACACGAUGGAGUUACCGAGGUCGCGCAUCAACGCUGGCAUGCUAGCUCAGUUCAUCGACAAGCCUGUCUGCUUCGUAGGGAGGCUGGAAAAGAUUCAUCCCACUGGAAAAAUGUUUAUUCUUUCAGAUGGAGAAGGAAAAAAUGGAACCAUCGAGUUGAUGGAACCCCUUGAUGAAGAAAUCUCUGGAAUUAUGGAAGUGGUUGGAAAAGUAACCGCCAAGGCCACCAUCUUGUGUACAUCUUAUGUCCAAUUUAAAGAAGAUAACCAUCCUUUUGAUCUUGGACUUUACAAUGAAGCUGUGAAAAUUAUCCAUGAGUUCCCUCAGUUUUAUCCUUUAGGGAUUGUGCAAAAUGAUUGAUCGUGAUGGAUUUUCAUAUAAUUGCAAAUGAGCUAUAUUAAAGACUAUUAAAGGAAGCCCCUCUUGUUUGAGGGAGAGAUUUCUGUGCUUUCUCAUAUUUAAUUUACUCUUUUUAAGAUAUUCCAACCUAGAGUUUUUGAUGGAACUGAUGUAUUGACAGUUCUCACCUAAGUCCUUUUAUAAAGAAUUGCUACUCCAAUAUAUGGUCAGAUUAGAUGCAAGAAUAAAGCAAUUGUCUGAGUUUAGGUUUCUAUUUUAUUAAUAAAAACUAAAAUGGUAC